AUGAGGGUCCCCCAAUGGGUUUUGGGCUUCCUUUUGCCAUAUUUGGCAGUCGCGCAGUUUCAACCGAUCCUGAAUCUCUGGGAUAAGCGAUUUCUCAACUAUCAGAAGCCUGGGCCGACUGACUCUCGCAGCCCUUGUCCCGGCCUCAACGCCCUCGCCAACCAUGGCUUUUUGCCUCGAAACGGGCGCAACGUCAACGCUCUCGACAUCAUCCUCGGGCUUUUCCUCGGGCUCGGCGUUUCGCCCGAGACGAGCGGCAUCGUCAUUGCCUUUGGCUUGGUCUCGAGUCACAAUCCGCUGAGCCUGAGCUUAGACCUCGAGGAUCUUCGGAACCAUCACUUUGUCAUUGAGCAUGACUGCAGUUUCGCCCGCAAUGACGCCUUGAUCGGCGACAAUCUCAACUUUAACCCGAAGCUCUGGGCGAUUGCGCUCAAGGAGAUGAACAAGACGUCCGUCGUCAACCCCUUCAACUUUGGCAGAGGCAAGGCUGCCCGUGUCCAGGACCAGAGGAGACGCAACCCCAGGACGGUGUAUGGGCCUCGGGCUUGGUUCAAUGGCUUUUCCGAGGUCGGCCUCGUCCUGUCCACCCUCGGCACCGUUCCGGGCUUGGCCAAGCUCGAGUACGUCAGGAGCCUCGUCGAGGAGGAGAGACUUCCCUAUCACCUUGGUUGGAGACCGAGGCCCUUCUUCUGCAACCUGGCCACCAUGUUGGGUGUCGGUGCUGCGUCCGUUCUUGGCGACAACUACCUGCUGCAAACGGUUGCCAGCGUCGUCCUGUCUACGCCGUCGGAAAUUUUGCAAGUCUUCAUCCCGCCAAACUUGGAUUUCCUGCCCGAGUUGGAGAACAUGAUUCUCUCCCUCGGGUUUGAUAAUGGCCCGAUGAAGAAGCUGAGCAAGGCCUUGCACGCGGUGAGCAAGCACAAAAAGAUUGUGCACCGCUCCACAGGCACAAUGCAGAGCGUAGCAUUGCAAGACCUGAUUGCUGCUUUGGGGGGCGACAACGACCUCCAAGGUUCUUUCGCCGGGACGCUGGAGUCUGGACUGGAGAAUCAGGAACAGGCUAUCAAGGCGGAUUAG